CAUUCCCGAGAGGCACUGUUAAAUAAGAGAGAAAGGAGAAACUUGUGGAUUAUCUGCGAGGGGUUUAAGAAAAAAUCGGGCAGCCCAAGAUAAAGAAGACGGGAAACACUAAUAUUAACCAAACAAAAUUAGUAAUUGUCUGCAAAGGAAAUGGUUUCUGUAUCGACUUGGUUCCGUUACAUAGCCAACAAACUCGACUACUCUGUUUCUCUCAGCUAUAAGAGCUAUAAGGGUGGCUUAAUCAAUGAUAAAGAAGUCGUUGAUUCAGUUUGGAAAAAUCUACUUCAGGGAAAGUUGACUUUUUUACACUGGAAUAAAGGACAGGAAAUGGCCCCAACAAUUGGAGACCAGGGGGGGACCCUUCUUGUUCGCAAAUUACCAUCUGCUGAUCCAAUGCGUGUUUUUGUCGGAGAUGUAGUGCUUUUGAAGGAUCCUGAGAAGUCAGAUAACUUUCUUGUCAGAAGAUUAGCUGCUAUUGAAGGUUAUGAAAUGGCGUCUACUGAUGAAAAAGAUGAGCCAUUUGUUCUUGACAAGGAUGAAUGUUGGGUAUUGGCUGACAAUGAGAAGUUGAAAGCCAAGGAAGCCAAUGACAGUCGAAAAUUUGGUCCAAUUUCCAUGUCAAACAUAGUUGGCCGAGUCAUAUACUGUCUGCAAACAGCUGUAGACCAUGGUCCUGUACAGAACAGCCAUUUCAGCUCGAGAAAGGACUCUCCAGUGCUGGAGGUGGAAUUGGAUGUUGAAGAGAUGGCAAAACAUCACAAAGCAUAGACUGUGUCCACCAACACGCUGAAUCAUUUGGUGUGGCAAUCGGAUAAUUGGGUCUUCCUUUGCAACCUAAAAGCAGGAAGCCGGAUUUUUUCAAUUUGGAGUUUCUACUUUAUUUGGUAUUGCGGUGAACAGUUUUGUAAUUUGAAAAUCAGACCAGGGAAAGAAAAUGGAAUCUUACGCAGUUGCCUUUCAGGCUGCUUGUGUUGGGAUUCUUGUCUUGCAGGCUGCUUGUGUUGGGACUCCUGUCUUGCCUUCAUUGCCACAUAUGUCGUUGCUCAGAUCUGGUUCUGGGACUUUAACAAUUGGAUAGUUUUUCUAACUUGAAAUAAAUUUUUGGCUGUUUAUGGAUA